GCCGGCUCUUCAUCUUGCCUGCUACGUGAUUGGCUCGACGUCGUUUCGACCAGGCGUGGAUUGCCUCUUGCUCGCCUCCGUCUGCACCGUCGAUUGCCUCUGGUUGACAAGAUGUUAGAUGACUGGAUUGAACCCUAUCACCACCUCGAUCGCCUUCUAUCUCCCUUCGGUGCUUCAAGCUUGGCUGCAGCGGCGACGGCCGCGUCAACAAUUGUAGGUUUGCCUGAGACCUCUUGCCCAGAUGACCCUACUGGUAUCUUUUCAAAAAGCCCCUCUAAUUCAGCUCCACAAGCCCCCAGUGACAAUCCAGCCUUCGGAAUCCCUUAG